GGUGUCAUGUUCGCUUGUCUUACAACUUUUACCGUGGAACCACGGGGCAACCAAGUCCACAUGCUUGUUGUGCAUGUGAGAACAAUUAGACACAAUCAUCGCGGAAAUGAUGGUGAUGACAACCCGGAAGAGGAGGAAGAGGAGGAAGAAGAAGAGGAGGGAAAGGAGAAGGGGCGAGAGGAGAAAGAGGAGGAGAAGGAAGAGGAAGAAGAGGAAAAGGAAAACGGGGAAGAGGAGGAAAAGGGGCAGAAGAAGGAAGAGGAGGAAGAGGAGGAAGAGGAAGAAGAGGAAGAAGAGGAAAAGGAGAACGGGGAAGAGGAGGAAAAGGAGGAACAGGAGGAAAAGGAGGAAGGGGAGGACGAGGAGGAAGAGAAGGGAGGAGGAGGAAGAAGAGACGAGGAGAAGAAACAGGAGGAAGAGGACCUCCCCGCCUCCAAUGUUCAUGGCGGACGACCACCUUCAAUAUCAGAGCGAAUGCAUUCCGAACUUGUCCAUGACCAACAAGUACGACUCCAAAAAGACCAUGCGGUCUCCUCACCUAAUAAUUACCGGCGUGUACUGUAGUAGCAAUUACUGUGUUAUUUGUAAUUACCUCAGUCAGUAUCAUCAUAUCCGUGAUCACGUUUAAAUGAUGUCAUGGAAUAGGACAGGCAGAUGACCGCAUGAAUACGCCUAUUCAAUGUCCGCACAUCAUCGUCAUCAUCAUCAUCAUAAUCAUCAUCAUCAUCAGCAGCAGCAGCAGCAGUGGCAUAUCCUCGUCCGCAAGAUCACAUUUGCGUAUUCGCAACGUCGUCAAUACGAUUAACAUCAAAGCGUUCAUCAUGACUGCAUAACUGAUGCGUUAUCGGCAUCACUACAGGGUCCAUAUGUAACAAAACGAAUAAACAAAA